GUCUUUCUGCAUAUACAUUGGGUGGUGUCUUUUCGAAAUCCAUAAUACAAGCCGCAAGCUUGGAUCCAAAGGACUAACUUGUGAAGAUCUCUUUUUAUCUAAAUACGAGUAGAGCCAUGAUUUACCUGAAAAUAUCUACGGCAUGUCUUUUACUCAUGCUGGUAGCUGCCCAAGACAACUAUCCCAACUAUAAUAACCAGAAUAAUAAUAAUCAAAAUUAUAAUCCAUCCAAUCAGAAUUAUAAUCCACAGAACAAUUAUGAUCGGCAAAACGGUUUCACGAAUCCUCAAAACAACUUUAACGGCGACAAUCCAAACUACAGCAAUCCAAAUUAUAACAACAAUAAUAACAAUAACAACAAUUUUAAUAACAAUAAUCAAAAUUUCAACAACCAAAACUUCAAUAGUCAGCCAACAGAUCAAGGAGACUGCUGCGAGGAUUACUGCUACGUUAAUGAUCAUGAACCUUAUUUGUAUUUCGGAACGAAAACGGCAUAUGACAGUCUGAAUAGAAGGGGUGGAAAUCAGCAUGUUAUACCUGAUUGCCGACCUGUACAGUUUUGGAGUAUUAUCAGACAUGGUGCUGAACUGCCUGAUUCUGAUACGAUUAGGACGAUGAGAAAUAUGAACAAACUUCAUGAGGAUAUUUUACGAAACCACGAGCAAAGAAGAACCUAUCCUGACAAAGGCAGACUGUGCCCUACCGACUACGAUCUAUUCAAAAGAUGGAGAUUUAAUGAAUCAAUAAACGAAGGACGAGCCAACGGCUUGUCGGAGCAAGGAAGAAAUGACCUGAAACUAUUGGCCAGAAGAUACAAAACUAAGUACUCAGAAAUUCUACAAAAUUAUGACAGCCAAUCAUACAGUUUUCAACACUCACCUGAAAACCGCGAGAGUUUUGAAGCCUAUAUAACUGGACUUUUUGAUGACGAUGUCAGAAAUAUUGUUCAUGCCAACAUCUUAAACGGUGAUAGAUUAACCAGACCUACACAAAAUUGUCCAAGGUGGCAGGAAAUUGAAAGCUCCCAAUUUCAAAUUGGAUCAGAAUUACAAAGGUUUAAGGAAAGACAAGAUUAUCAAAAAAUGGUGAGAGAUGUAUUUAGAAGAUUGGGAUAUAGGUUUACUUUAAACGCCACUGUUAUAGACGAUAUCUAUAAUUUAUGUAGAUACGAAAAAGCCUGGAACCCCCAACCAAAGUCUCCCUGGUGCGUCGCUUUCAACAAAAACCAACUUAAAGUUUUAGAGUACGCAGAAGAUCUGAAGUAUUUCUUCGAGGCAGGAUACGGAAAUAGGAUGUCAGAAAGAAUUGGAUGCAACCCUCUCAAAGACUUUUACGAGAGAUUUGAAAGAACAGUAAACGGUAAUAACGAUGGAAAUAAGGCAUCUUUCAUAUUUACCCAAACAGAAACUUUUCUAUCAACGCUUGUAGCAUUAGGCAUUGCCAAAGACUACAAUCCUUUGACUGCUGAAAAUUACAUGCAACAAUCCAGAAGGAACUGGAAGACAUCAACGAUCAGUCCUUUUGCAGCUAACUUGGUCGCUACACUUUACGAAUGCAACCGUGAUGAAAAGUAUAGAGUGGUAUUCUUCCUCAACGAAAGCCCUGUAGAAUUCCAGGAAUGCUCAGUCGGUCUCUGCAAUUGGUCAACAGUACAACAGAAAUAUCAAGAUCUAGUGAGAAACUGUGACAUCAACAAAUUUUGCAAUGGAAACAGUAGCGCUGGAGUGACCUAUGCCACCUUCAGCCUAUUUGUAUUAAUGUCGAUUUUAGCUCUAAGAUUAUAAACCUGUAAAUGGUUAAACUACAAGUACUAACAGUAACAAUGAAAAAAGUAUGUGAAUUAAAAAACAGGUAAAAAGAUUACGAACAUUGUAUUAUAAAGAGUAGAUAUGUACUGAGUACAGGUUUAUAUUUGUACUCUCAGAUACAUUAACUAGUUUACAGUAAGGGCCCCAUAAAUGUUUUAUUCUGGCAUAAAUUUUUUAUCGUAUCAUUAAAAUCCUUUAUGAUACGUACGUAAUAGACGUUAUAUACCUUGGAAGAAAACCGUCAUAUCUCAAAAAAAAAAAGUAGAAAAUGUUAGUGAACGCAUUUCAAAUAUUCUAUAUUUUUUGUGUGAUAACGUGAUAAAUUUAGUUUAUACCUAUGGCCGCCAAAUGGUAGAAGUGUCGUUAUUAUCAAUCGAAAAGCUGGUUCGAAAUUUUGCACAAUAUUUUCAUAUUUUGAGAUACGCCAUCCUUUCUCAAAAACACGAUAAAAUCAUACAAUACAUUAUGUGAUGAAUAAUGCAUUAUUUUGAAUUGUGUCAGUCUUGUAAAGAAGUUAAGGUUAUGUUUAAAAUCAGCUGUAGUAUUAUUUUGAGUUAUGUCACUACAUUAGAAAAUUAUUCAAAUAUUUGAAUUUUUGAACCUAACUAUCUACAAAUUAUUUCGACUAUGACGUUCUUAAAAAAAAUCCAGUUGGAAUUCUUUUAUACAAUUUUUAAAAUAUAUCGAUGUUUUAAAUGGCCAUUUCAGAAAAUUGUCACAUUUUGACAUAUGACGGUCCUCUCCCCAGGUAGCGAUAUCUACUUGUGUAGUAGAAAAUCCUCAUUUUGGGCAGCUACAUUUCGCUCGGUGUUAAAAAUCAAACACAACGCGACACUGUCAGAAAUAUAUCUAUCACCUAACACAGUCUUCUCGAAAAUAUUCAAAAAUAUUAAACAUGCGCGGUGUGAGUGGCGCCAAGUGGUGAAAACAAAUUUGCCUUAGCAAAAUACUUGCAAAGAUGAGUUGGUUGAACUAGUUUCUCUCAAUAAAAUACUCAUGAUUUAUAAUACAAAAUAGUACACACGAUAUUUUUAUCUAUUUUUAUUACUAAAGAUCUCUUAAAUGGUACAGCAUUUAAAUAUUAUCAUUUUCCUUGUUACUGUUAUAGUAGUAAUUUUACAUCUUAAAAAAACAAUGACUUACCAGAACAAAUAAUAUUUAAGUAAAUAUUGUUUUACUUAGCAAUAACAAUAAAUGUUUCAUAGUGGGCAGCUGUUAGAAACCAGUCGUUAAAAAAUGAACUCUUUUUGAGAUUGGAAACAGACAAAAAUCUCGAAUUUCACUUUAUAUUUCUGAAAUAUUUUUUACGUAUUAUCAUCUUUUUAGCGUACUCGACUUUUCUGUGGACGAAAACGUAUUUCAUAUUCGGAUUUGGCCCAUAUUUAGGAUCUACGAUCCAUAAUAAUGCUAGAUGUAAAAUCUAACUAUUAUUUAUAUCGAACGUCUUUAAUAUUCAUGCCACCAAGUUCACAAAUGACAAACGAAAAUUACACAAAACACAAAAGCAUGUUGUAAGGUUUAGAUAAAAGAAACCCAUGCAAAUUAAUACCUCGAAUAAAAAUCGUAACUGUAAAUCUGCUUUACCUACUACCAUUAAAUCGAAAUACAAAAGUGUGAUCCUUUAUUGAAACUAAAACUGCAACACAUACCUAAAAAACUGAUGACGGAGUCGAAUUUUAAUCAUUAAAAGUGAUGUGACCGAAGAUUAUGAAAGACUUUACUUCCUGUUUUAUAAUUAAUUUACCAAACACAUUUUCUCCUAAAUUAUUACAUAUUAUAUUAUACAUACAUAUUAGAUUUUAUAAACCAUCUUAAGUUAACAUGCGGGGUCCGAGCGUUUCAGGAAAUUUACUACAUCUCGUAAGUAUACAAUUAAUAAUGAUUGGUUUCUAACAGCUUUGUCCUUUACAGCUGUAACAAUUGUGUCGUACCUACCAAUCCGUUGUGUUUGUUGAUUUUAAAAGAGAUAGUUGUAAAUAUUUUUACUAGAUAUUAAUUACUAGGCAAAUUUCGAACUUAUUUCUAAUUCUGAAGCUGUUUCUCCACCUCUUUCUCGGCUUCUAUAUUUUAUUAGAAUUUUGCCUUGUUCUAAUAACUAUCUAUCAUUUUAUUAAAGUAAUUUUAUACUUUUUUUGGUUUUUAAGUAUACAAAAAUUAUUUUAUUGAAACUAAUUUUUAAUAGUUGUUUAUGACUCUUUAACUGAAGGUUUUUUUAUUCAUGUCUGUUAAAUUAAGUGUAGUUUUUAACUUUAGUACAAAAGCAUAUAUGUAAGACAAAAACUAAAACCAAAUAUGCCAUCCAUAAGUGUAUCUAUUUUUGUUGCAUACUGAUAGUUUUUAUUUCGAAUAUAUUUUUGUGUUUUUACACAUGACUUAAUAAAUAUUUUUAGUUAAGU